UUUCGUUUUAUUAUGUGGUGUGAUGUAAUGUGAGUUUGAUGUGAAAAAAUGUGACAGAAUUUAAAAUCAUGUUUUGUUUUCAUGUUGCGCAUGUAAAAAGUGUGUGCUUAUUUCUGAGUUUUUCACCAUGGGUAGAAAUCAUAGUUAUAUAAAACUAAAAGUAUUUGAGGCUGAUGAAUUUAUCUAAAUAUAAUGAAAUAUUUAAAUUAAAAUUUUAAACAUCUUACUCAACAAUGGCUCGUAAUCCUUUUGUUGAAGAGAUAGAUUUUAGAGAAAUAAAACUUCAAGGGGUUGUUGGAAAAGGUUCAUUUGGAACUGUAAAGAAAGGAAAAUGGAGAAAUUUAGAUGUUGCUAUAAAAAUGAUAGAAACUGAACAAGAGAAGAUUGCCUUUAUUGUAGAGGUACAACAGUUGUCUAGAGUAAAUCAUCCAAAUAUAGUAAAAUUAUAUGGAGCUUGUACGAAAACACCAGUGUGUUUAGUAAUGGAAUAUGCAGAAGGAGGAUCUUUAUAUAAUGUUUUGCAUUGUAUGAAGCAAGUUGACUAUACCAUAGCACAUGCCAUAAGCUGGCUUCUUCAAACAGCAAAUGGUGUUGCUUAUCUGCACAAUAUGAAACCUCGUGCUCUUAUACAUCGUGAUCUAAAACCUCCAAACCUUUUGCUUAUAAAUGGAGGAACUGUUUUAAAAAUCUGUGAUUUUGGUACAGCCUGUGACAAACAUACAAAUAUGACUAACAGCAAAGGUAGUGCAGCUUGGAUGGCACCAGAGGUAUUUGAAGGUUCUCAGUACAGUGAAAAAUGUGACAUCUUCAGUUGGGCUAUAAUUUUAUGGGAGGUUUUGACGCGAAAAAAACCAUAUAAUGAUGGUGAAGGUGCUACUGCAUUUGGAAUACUUUGGGCUGUUCACCAUGGUAAAAGACCACCCUUGAUUGCUGGUUGUCCAAAACUUCUGGAAAAUCUCAUGACAAGGUGUUGGUCUAAAAAUCCAGCUGUACGCCCUUCUAUGAUGACAAUUCAAGCAGAAUUGUCUAAAGUCUUUCAAUUCAUGAAAGGAGCUGACAAGCCGCUCACUUUUGCUCCUCAACAUGAUGUUGAUGAUGAAACUUUGGAAACUUCUUUUACAAGCACUACUACAGCACAAGAAAAUGAAACUGGUAGUUCUGGAUCAAAGACUGUUUUACUGCAAAGGCUUGAAGACAGCUCUGUUCACCCAGUUUCUGGCAAUACAACAGAUAAUAAAUAUCUGAGUGUUGAAACUGCUGGUGAAAAAUACUCUAAAGAUAUAAGAAAGAGACGUUCAGCUGAUAUGAGUGGCUCUGAUAUUAAGUUACCUGUGCAUUUAGGGCAUCGAAGGUCCGGAUCAUGUGAUUCUCCCUAUUUGAAGUUGCCAGAUGAACAGACUAGUAGCUCAAAGAAUGUAAAUAAUGUCCCUGAUGUUCCAGAUGUCAAUUCAGAUCAUGUAGAAAAUAAUGUUACCGAUGAAUCAUUUAAUAACUUAUCAUAUUCUGGAAACUAUUUCUUUCUCGUUGAGCCUAGAUUGCAACCUUUGCCACCUGUUCAGUGCCCUGAGUCAAUGGAAAUUUAUGAAAAACAUCUUAAUCUUGCACAUGAAUUAUUUCGUUAUAGAAAAGAAAUAUCAUUGCUUAAAGAAAGAAAAAAUGAACUGGAAUCUCAACUUCAAGAUAGGGAUGAUUCAAGUUCUUACAUUGAUGAAUAUUUUCAACUAAAAAAAGAAAAUGAAAGCCUUUUGCAAUUGCGUCAAAAUCUUAAAAGACAACUAGAAAUUAUCAGAAACAAGCAGCAGCGAAACUCGGAUGGCUCUGAUAGAACAAGUGGUGAUUGGGAAAGCAGAUGGAAACUAUGAAGAAGAAUUUCUCCAAGAGGGGUUUUUGUUUUGUGAGAAACAUAUUAAUUUCCCUUGAACCUAUAUGAAUAUUUUGAGACCUGGUAUUCCUAAAAUUCAAAAUGGCGAAUGAGAAAGGAAAAAAAAAAAUCAAAGGAGCUACUCAUUGGAACUGAAUCGUAUGUGGAUGAUUUGUUUUGAUAAUGAUGAUUCAUUUUUAAGAUUUGCUCAGAUUUUUCCCUUUUAAAGAUGUGCUUCUUUGGAUGAUUUUUUUCUUCUGGGCUUUCUCCAAAUGCAAGAGAUUUUACAUGCACCUAAUUUUUUAAUGCUUUUGUUUCAAUAUAAUUUGCUGUAACUGGGAUAGAUGAUCUCAACUGCACUUAUACAUUCUCCCCCUUCGCUCCCUCCUUCACCUAAUUCAAGUAUGUUUUGCAUAGCACUUUUCAAUUUUUCUUUAUUGAUGCUUUCAUUUUCACCUGUUACUUUUUUUAGAACCUUCUACUAAUUUUAGUGGGGGUUUUUCCCCUUGUUUUGCUUUUCUUUUAACCCUUUAACACUUGUCCAUUUCCAGAACUAUAACAUAAAUAUGCGGGUCACUUUGACCAUAAAUUGUAAAAUGGUAAUGCCUUAUUAUAUUGACUCUUCUAGUUGAAAAAUAAGUUGUCCUGAAUAAAUGAAAGAGUUUUUAUACAUAUAUUAAAAAUACAAAUUCAAUUAUCUGCAAGAACAAUGAAGAUUUAUUGUCUCUAUCUUGUAAUAAAAUUUUCUACCAUUUUUUUUAUUAUUAUUUAUUUAUUUUUUACUUAUACUAUUCAUUAAAAACUUUCUUCGAAUAAAAACACUUAAAUUAUUAAAACAGCACUAAGUUUGCAUUUAUUUUUACCACAUUCAUAGCAUUAAUCGAAUUGAAAGCAUUAACAUCUCAUUGAGUAGAUAUGUCCUUAAACCUUAGUUAAAAGAUGAAACUUUUUUAUUUUGUGGAAGGUGCAAAACAAGAGGGCUAGUCAGCCAGAAGAAUUAUUCUUCCCAAUAUCUCUGUACUUUCUUUUAAUAGAAUAUGGCAUUUCUUGUGCUUCAUAAUGUAAUGAAGAAAGCUGAAUAUGCAUUUUAGAGACUUUCUGAUGAACUAACAUAUUUCUCGUAACAGUCUCAUAGCUUUCUCAAUCAACAAUUUUUUUGUAAAGAUAAUGUAUCAGAUUUCAUCCAUCUUGGUGUUUGUAUUUGCAGAUAAAUAUCUCAUUUUAGACUUAAUUCCAAAAAUUUGUUUUGAUAUCUAAAUGGUGUUGAUUCACCAACAUCUCAAAUUUUUGAAGAUUGCAAUAUUUUUUCUUUAUAUGCUUUGUUUAAAACAAAAUUAAAAGAAUGAGAAUACAUUUAUUUCUCAUAAAAUUCAUAAUACAUACAUUAUUUGAUAGGGCUUUUUCUGUAUUGUCUCUUUUGAAUUGUGUGCACUUCACUCAAGGUUUUACCAUCUCUACAACACAUGAUGGAACCCAUAUUCCUUAGAACUGCAUUUUUCUUCUCCAGAACAGUUUUUAGUUAGUCAAAUAUCUGACCAGACUAUUUUAAUUUUAAAAAGGCAAUAAAAGAAAUCACAUAGAGCUAAAUCUGGACAACAUUGUGAGUAUUGCACACUCUCAGUAUUUUGAUUUAAUACUGUAUAAAGCCAUUAUUGUAUGAUGUUGCGAUUUACAACGAUGUAGGUACCAACUAAAAUGAAGAUGGCAAUGGAAAUUAUUUUGCUUCUUGUGCUGUUUAUUAAAUGCUUACUGCCAUGAAAGUUGCCUUUUUUGGACUUAUAUUUGCUCAUUUUUUAAUAAUUUGCUAAAGCUUUUUACUUUUUCUUAUGUAUAAUUAUGAGCACUGAAUGUAUAUUUCAGAUUAUUAGUUUGUUUUUACAAGUUUAAUUUUGGCAAGAAUAACAUAUGUAUUAUCAUUAUUUUAACAAGUCAUUCUUCUUCUAUAAUACCAUGAAGAGCCUGGAGAAAUACUGCUUGUGGGCAUUUUUCGAAAUAUAUCUGUAUAGAUUUUCAUUCAUUAGUUUAUUGAUGUUCAAUUUUUUUGUAUUUCAAAUCAAAUGACUGUUCAUUUUGUUAAAAGGAUGAAUCAAAAUUUAAUCUGUACCCAUAUAAAGAUAUAUAUUCACAUUUUAAAAAUUCUCUUUUAAAGUACAAAGUUAUUGUUUUUAAUCUUACAUUAACUUUUUAGUGUUGUGCAUAUACUGAUACUGCAUACUACUAAAAUUAUAAUGCAGAUGUGGUAUCACAGUUUUCAGUAUGAAAAAACUUGUGAUAAUGAACUGGAAGAAGCUAGACAAAUAUUUUAUUGUAUCUUAGUAUAUUUUUAAGAUUUUUAACUUGCUGUAGAAUUUUGGUUAUUUGAUAUGAAUAAGGAAUGAUAUAAUAGGAUAAUAAAAUAAAUGUAAUAAAAAAAUUAAAAAUCAUACUUUUAUUGUUAUUUAACAUUCAUAAUAUACUAAAAGUAAAGAAUCAGUGUUAUAGAAUGCCAUGGCAUUGAAAACAUAUUAAAUCAAUCAUUUAAAUAGUAAUUAAAUUUUGAAAAUACUAUAUUGACAUUGAGAACACACACAUAUGCAAAAUUUUAAAUCUGCCACAUCAGGAAGAGAGUGAAAAAUCAAUUACAAAAGUCCUUCUUUAUAAAUGUGAGGUAUGUCGAUAAAAUUGUGUGAAGAAUAUCUUUCAUGAUAUACUAUAUUUCAAGAUAUUAACAGAACAUAUGUAUCAAAUAAAUAGACAUUUAAGUCCAUAUCGUAGUGGAAAAGUAAAAUAUAGUUAAAAUUAUCUAUGGAAGCUAAACAAUUAUGAUAUCUUAAAAAGAAGUUAUGAUAAUAAGGUUAAUGUUUUCAGUGAUCUAUCAUGUGACAGAUGACAGACAUGAUCUUUUUUGCAAAAAAUAUCAAGUCCAUGUUCCUCUUUUGUUCCGUAUAUAUAUUUCAAGGUUACUUCUAUAUAUAUACGGUUCAGUUCAUACUCUGUUUCAUUUUUAGCAUUCUUACAUCACCUGUUUUUAUUAUCCCUCUCAGGGUUUUCAAAUUCGUCCAUCAUAUCAAGAAAACUAAUUCCGUUUAUAGUAAUUUAACAGCAUUCAGUGCCACAAUGGUCAAAUCAACUUGCAGUCAUUGGCAACUGAAACUUUGUAAAUACCAAAACAAAAAUUUAAUUAACGAAAAUAAAACUGCUGACUCCAUUACUGUUUUAAAUUGUUCAGAUUCAAAGUCAUUUAACUGAGACUACUAGCAAAAAGUGUUUUACAUUCUUUACUGUUUAAAUUUUUAAAAAAUCUUAAUUAACACUUUUUUGCAUGAUUUUUUUGUGUGGUAUAAAUCAAGAUGAUAUAAUGUUCUAGAUUAAAGGAAAAAUUAUUUUAAAGAAUCCUAGUAUAAAUAUAUAAUAAAAACAGUAUGAUGGAAAUGUCCAUCAUCAUGCAAAUUUACAUAUUUAAGCUCAGUACAAAAUCUUAAAUGUCCCUCUUUUCUAAAUUUCUCCACUCAUUAUCAUUUUUGAUACAAAAAAAUUUCAGAUUAGUUAAAAAAAAAAUU